AUGCGUCCGCAUACUCGGGCCUACCAGACCGGUGCCCUGGUCACUAUUGAAAAUCCAGUGAGAAGUUGGUUGUGGCCACUCUUGGCAGCGUUAGUGAAGGCCCAUGGUUCAAAAGCCUUUUCUGAGUGGUUCUUCUCCCUUCAGGAUUAUGACUUUGACGCCUGUGUGUAUGGCUCCCGCAGGGCCAAGGCUACCCGCGUCAAGGGCUCGCCGCGUGUGUUUGAGGGGCUGCAAAUCUCAUGCGACAACAGUCAUCCACAUCUCUCUUGGAAGCCCACCAAAGUUUCAGGUCGCUGGGUCUAUCCUACCAAGGAGGAAGCUGAGUACUCCCCUGAGCUGUGUCGCUUUCUCUGCAAUAAAGCCUCAGAUGCGGUCUCUUCGCAUGCAGACAGCCGUCCCUCGACUGCCAGAACCAAGAUGCUGCGUGCCAGUGUCAGGGCAUCUGCAGGCCAGCAAACCAGGUCUAUGCCAUCUCUGAUCCCAGAGUUCAAGUGCACAAUGCGCCUUGAGGACGUCCCACCUGGGUGCGAAAUCAAAGUCCUUUCCUCAGCUGAUUCCUCUUUCGCGGGGGAUAAAGCUGAUCCAUCAGCAAUGCCAACCUCUGCCUUGCAAUUGUCAUCAUCUUCGACUGCAGCAACCGCAGCAAAGCCUAGAGCCCCAGUGCAUCCUCACCAAGUUGUAGGAGUGUACCACACCAUGGAGGUGGAAAAAGCACUUACGCUGCCAUGCCCCGGGGAUUCCUCACUAAGGUUACCUGACCCCAUUAGGAAAAAUCUGUUUCUGAUUUUAACGAGGGGACCCGUAGCGGUCUCGAAAAUGAGAUUAGAGGCCCUGAAGCAGGUCAACGAGUUGGCGACGAUUUUGGCAGAAGAGGAGAAAGCCCUCAGGUCGUCCAUGCACCCGGAUGUGGAGAAAGUCACAAAAGGUAAAGCGAUCUGCCUGUUCCGAGCUCUUCUUGAGGAAACCCAGUUUCCAGAUAUGGGCGUAAUCGACUUGAUGGUUCAAGGGGUACCGUUGGUAGGGGAUGAGCCGCCCUCGCCUCUUUUUGCCAAGCGUCGCGAGCCCUCCUUGCUCACCCCGGAGCAGCCGGAAACCCAAUGUGUGCUCAGGAGGGAAGCCCUGAGAGCCUCACGGACCCAUGCGUGCCUGGAUGACCUGAAGGACUUGGUCGUCGAGACUUCGGCCGAAGUUCAAGCCGGGUUUGUGACAGGCCCUCACCACAGUGAGCAGGAAGUGUCUUCUCUUCUGGGAACUGAUCGUUGGUCUCUCUCUCCUAGGUUCCUUCUCCGGCAGGGAGAGGACAGCAAGGUCCGUAUCAUUGAUGAUCUGAAGGCCUCAGCGGUCAACCAAGCUUUCUCAUCGUCCUCUUAUCUUGAUUUGCAAGACACAGAUUUCACGGUGGGCCGCCUACGGUUCAUCUCGAGGUCUCUGCAGGGGGACGGCCAUGUUGAGGUGCCUCUUAUUGAUGGUUCCAUCCUCAGGGGAGAGUUGUGCCCGGAAAUGAAGCACAAGCCGGCCUUACUUGGGAAGACGCUAGAUCUCAGCAAAGCCUAUCGCCAAGUGGGGAUUCACCCUGAAUCCCGCAAGCACGCUGUGCUGGGGUUCCCUGAUGAGUCUGGAGCUUGGAAGUACUACCUGGCACUGCUGGCAAAGAUUGCAGAGCUCCUCAAGCCGAUAGCUGCUGGGUCUGAGGUCACCAGAGCCCAGAUAGCCUCGCUGCACGGGCUGAUUAACUUCGCGGGCGGAUAUGUGAUGGGAUUCGAACUGAAGCUUACUGCCCGCAUGCUCUCGAAAGCUCUGACGGGGCCCUUUCAGGGGAACAAUGCUGCCUUGAAGAGUGCGUGCGCUCUGGCCCUGGAUGUUAUCGCCCUGUGCAAGCCCAGGGUUUGUCUUGCAUCAGUUCGGCGUCCCAUUGUCUUGUACACAGAUGGCGCCUUCGAGAAUGAUGUUGGCACUUGGGGGUUUAUAGUGGUCGACCCGGAGACGGGCGCGCGCUGGCUGUUCGGGGGACAGGUGCCUCAAGCCUUGAUUGCCAGGUGGCACGAGAUGGCGGGUGGCCAGGUGAUAUGCGAGAUCGAGGCGUACGCCCUAGCCAUCACUGUCUUCGGGCUUAGGGGGUUCCUAGGCAAUAGGUCUGUAGUGGCCUUCGUGGACAACGAGCCUUGCAGAAUGGGUCUCAUCAAGCGCUACUCACCAUCAGUGGCAAUGAUGGGGCUGAUUUCCCUGGUCUCGUUACUCGAGGGGUCGCUGUGCACCACUAUGUGGUAUGAACGA